AUGGCGCUGUCGCCGGCGAGAGUUCGCUCGGUUCUCAUGCCUCUGCUGCUCGUGGCCGUGGUUGCUGCCGCCGUUGCUGCGGCGCCGGCCGUGACAGCGGCCGACUCGAAGUGGGCAGCGCCCAGGGAGCGCCACGGAGAGCACUCCCACAAGGCCCCGGCGCCCGCGCUGCCUUCGGUGGCUGCGCCAGCCGUGGCGCCUCCCACCCCGGGGGCGGCGGCGGCGCCUGGCCCGGCGACGCCACCUCAGGGAGCGGAGGCGCCCGCCCCAUCGCCUGACCACAGCGGCGGUGCGGCUGCUGUGCCGUUCGCGUGGCUGACUGCGCUCCUGGUCGCCGCCGGCGUGGCCGCUGCGACGAUGGUCUGA